AUGGAAGAAAUUGGUUACCCAGAACAAGAAAUAUAUCAUGAAAAGCAAAGAUUUUGGUUUUGCGGUCAACUCCAAAAGGAGGCCUUUAACAAGACGAAACUUGACAACAUUGCCCUUAAGCUAGUCGAAAAUACUGAUUCCGAGGCUAAAACAUGGCAGUAUCAAUUUGUGAAUCCACACAAAAACGUCCUCGGAUUUGGUAAUUACGACAUAAACGUUUUGGACGUAGCCCUUAGAGAAUUUGAUUUGGAUGUGCAAUGGUUCGAUGCUCGCAAGGUUAUUCAAUUCACCGAUUCAACACUUUUUGGAAUCAUUCUGAACGUUCCCAUAACGCGCUUCUUGUUUUGGAAAUCGCACCACUGGAUCACGGUCAAACCGAUUUACGGAGAUGACGCCGAUGAAGAGACCGUCAUCUACAAUCUAGAUUCAAAAUUGAGUAAACCUGUAAAGUUUGAUAGCGUGGAUCAGGUUUAUAGAUUCCUUGAAGAUAUUGUUUACCACAAAGAUGGGCAACUGAUACUUGUCAAGUCAAGGCCUAAAUUUAUCGACUCUGAUUUUGAACCUUGA